AUGAAUAUAAUGAGAGCCAGAAUAAAUGCCUUAUCUCUCUUUUUGGCGUAUGCUCUAGCAGCAGUGCCCUUUAUCGCAGACAAUGUACGGGAAGCAGUGAGCAUAAUUGGAAGCACGGAGCUUCCUGCAUGCGAUCUUUGCAACAUGGAUCUUGAGUCUAUGUCCCCCGAGAUUAUGGAGGCGCUUGGAGCUAACAAUUUAAUUAAAAAGCUUGAUCUGUCAAGCAACAAGCUGAAAGAACUACCUUCUGAAAUAGGGACCCUGGACUGGCUCGUAGAGCUCAAUCUCUCCAACAAUGAAGUGGAAAGCAUCCCCCAAGAAGUGAACAGCAUGAAGAGCUUGGAAGUACUUAAUUUAUCAAACAACAAGCUAACAUCAUUUCCCUGGCAUGUUUUGAAGCUCAGAAACACCGGUGCACUGAAAAGCCUGGAUCUCAGAGGCAAUCCCCUCUACAGGAUAUAUCAUAGUGCGCUAGGAAGGUUCUUCUUAAGGCUAUUCUAUGGAGAUGUUGUUAUAACGGGAUACAGCACUGAGGCUGCUCAGAUCUCUAAUUAA